GGACUCCUGCUGCCCCGAGGGGCCGGCUCUUAGGGGAGUGGGCCACUGCCCUGCCUCCCCCCGGGGGGACCUCUGUAACCCCGGGGGGAUGCCCCCCCCAGCUAUACACACCUCUGCACUUUUCCUGCCCUAUCACCACCACAGGCACCUUUUUACUCUUUCCACUACAGUGAGCUGCAGCUCACGAAAGCUUAUGCUCCAAUAAAUUUGUUAGUCUCUAAGGUGCCACAAGUACUCCUUUUCUUUUUGCGAAUACAGACUAACACGGCUGCUACUCUGAAACUACAUCAUCUGUACGUUAGGUGGAAGACUAGACUAUCCUUUUGUCCCAUCCUCUCGUUAUCAUUCUGUACAUCCCUGUAUUCCCACAUCCAUCACACACAACUCUGUAUGGCUAGGGGAUGGGUGACCUGGCACUGUCCCCACCCUGGUCCUAAGGGCUGCCUUUUCUUGCAACCACACGCUCUACUUGGGUAUUGUGUCUCAGAAAUGGGGUUUGUGCAGUCUUUAUAACUUAGCAAAAUCUGGACCUAAAUUCAGUGGUAAGGUCCCUGUUUCUACAGCUAACUGGAAACUCUGUGCCAGAUUCAAGUAAACUUAAAAUUUAACUAUUUUAAUGAAUUAAAUACAUUAAUAAUACUGUUCUUUGAACUACUUCUUUUUAUAUUCAAUCCAAUGUAUUUUAUGCUAUUCUUCAAAUUUUCAGAUGUCCGUAUGCUGCAGAUUUUUGUUUUGACAUAUCUGUAUUAUAGGCGCUGUCGAAGAUUAACCACAAAAUCGAGGGGCUUUUGGCAUACAGGAAAACAGAACAGUUUGGGCCCACAUGUAGUAGAGUGCUAGGGAAAGGAUGUAACUCUUCUUCCCCUUUUUAGGCAAGGUUAAAGUUUACUUGAAAUUGUUGGGGGGUGGGGAACUUGAACUUCUAGCUUCCAAACAGACACCUCUUGACUUCAUCUGUCACUGUGUCCAACAGCAGUGGACCAAGCACACUUGUUGAAUUGCUCUGAUAUAGUGAUCAGCAGAGAAACAAGUGUUUACAAUUAAAUUUAUUAGCCCUGUCUUCACUGUACAGUUAGGUCAACAUAAGGCAGCUUAUGUCUACCUAUGUCAAUAUACACACUACAGCCUUGCUCCCACUGAUGUAAGUGUACUACCACACUGAAUAUAACUCCCCCUCCACGAGAGGCAUAGGGGUUGUGUCCAUGUAGUUAGAUGACCUAUAGACACUGCAUUACCUAUAACAGUCAUUGGCUGUUGGUCUCCACUCCAAACUGGGCUGCCUAAGGUCCCACCCCGCACCGUCCCGGGUCCUUGCUCCCGGCUCAGAGCCUGGCUUCCCCAGCUCUCAGCCCCCCACGCUGCCCCUCCUCAGUCAGUGGAAGCACUCCAGGAGCUAUAACACUUGCUGUAUGGAAUCUUGUUCUAUAGCAUGGGAGAAGAGGAAGGACUCCACCAAACGCAGUUACUGGACACAAUGUUUGUGCGAGGAUUGAAGAGAAAAUGUUUUGAUGGUGAAGAAGAUAUUGAAGGAACUCUGGCUGGUUUUAAGGCUAUCCCUUCAUAUAAUCUUCAACGACAGUCACUUUUAGAUAUGUCUUUGGUCAAACUUCAAUUAUGCCACAUGCUUGUUGAGCCUAAUCUUUGUCGUUCGGUACUUAUAGCCAAUACGGUGCGGCAAAUCCAAGAGGAAAUGACUCAGGAUGGGACUUGGCAGAUGAUAAAUACACAGAGUGCAGGUCAGACUUCUCUAGACCGUCUAGUUUCAACAGAUAUCCUUUGCCGUUCAUCCAAGGAACAAGCUGAAGGAAAGCUUGUUCCAGUUUAUAGUACCUUCACUAAAGACUGUGAGGGUACCCAGUCACAAGAUAAUUCAGAAAUUAUGUCAACAGUUACAUCACCACAAGCUCCAAGAAACCUGCAAAGUAACAUGUGGGAAAUGGAGAAUCCACAAGAAAAUAGAGGAAACUUUCAAAAAUCAUUAGAUCAAAUAUUUGAGACGUUGGAGAAUAAAAGUCCUAAUACAGUUGAAGAUCUGUUUUCAGAAGUUGACAAUUCUUACUAUGACCUUGAUACAGUAUUAACAGGAAUGAUGAGCAACACAAAAAUGGGACACUGUGAUGUGCUCGAAACAUUUCCUUCUCAGACAACCGCAAAUUCUAACUCUAACUGUAAAUCUGAUCUUAAUGAGCUGGAUCAUAUUGUGGAGAUCCUUGUUGAAUCUUGAAACUGUCUUCUGCACAUUUAACAAAGAUCCUUCAAGGAAACAGAGGACUUGUGGAAACAAUUUUUUCAGAUAGUUUAUUCUAUCGAAACUGCACAUGUAUUUUAUUAAAAAAAAAUAUAUAAAGCACUUCAUAUUGCAAAAUGUUAAUUUUUGAAGUUAACAUGCAAUUUGUAGUGUCAUUCUGUUUUGUCCAUUUAACUGUGUAAAUACAUACUGUAAAUGGUUUUAAGUUGGGGCCCAAGGCUUUCAGAAUUGGGCUUUUUUGCCAACCUUUCCUAGCCUUUGAAGGGGGUGUCUCUUCAGUGAGAGGGUUUCUCUCACUAUCUUUUGUUUUCCUUCUCCCUUUUCCCCCACUAAGAGGCAGCAGUUAAGAGAGAGACUGGGUUCUCCUUUACCUCCUGAUUCUGGAUCAACACUUCAUUCCUACUACAACUUAAUUCCUUCCCUAUCAACUUCCACUAUCAACUUCCACAACUUCCCAGUUACCGCAGGGCUUUUGAAGAGCAAUAUGCAAUAGUUCCCAUUAUCAUAGUUUUUAUGUCUGUUUUUGCUAAAAUUUUCUGUUUAAAUAUAGUUUUAAAGUGUUUAUCAAUGUUUAGAUUUUUUCCAGCUAUUUUCCUAAAAUAUAUUUUUUACUAUAAAUGUCCUAUCAGCUGCUAAUUUAGCAACUUUUAAUCAUAAAUAUUUGCAGUUGAUGUAUUUUUGAAAGACUUACAAGAAGGGAUUUGUUUUUUACCAUGAGCUACCUUAUGUAGUUCAGUAAAGUGUGUGUAAAUGUAAAUAUACGUUUUAUACAUUUCAUUAAAAUGUAAGUGCUGUUUUCAUGAUUCUGUUUUAUAGAGUAGUACUUUACUAAACUAAGAAUUGUACAGUUAUGCUUUUUAUACAACUUGAGCAUCAUUAGAGGAAAAGCUCUGAUACAGCUAGAUGCAAUUACAGUUCAAACCACAUUUUUGUUAAUUUCAGACCUAAAUUAUAUAGGUUUUUAUUUAUGUAUAUUUAUAUGUAAAUGUCAUCAAGUGAAUUGUUUAUCACUGAAGUCUACCAUCAAAUAGUUGUUUAUAUAACUGUCUUGCGUUAAUUACUACAAAAAGUAUUACUAGAGGCCUUUAAAUCUCUAAUGAUGUGUUCUGAUGUCUUGUCUAAAUUAGUAUGUCCCACCCUUACCUAGACUUUCUUGUCAACUUAUUUUUGAUUAACAGAAGUUAAUAUAAUGUGGUUAGCAUUUCCUUUCUUUAAGGACUUACACACUCGUUUUAGAGUGUGUGUAAUCCAUCUUGUCCCUAGGGGCACUUUUGGGGAGGGGAUGGACCAAAUGUGGCAUACAUUUUUUUUGCUAUAAAAUGAGCAAUUUUUACCUUGGUAAACUGGUGCUAGAAAGAAAUCCAAAGUACAUUAUAGGAAACUAAGGGAAAAGAGAUGUUUUCCUGGAACCUUUUGGUAUUGGCUGUGUUGGGGGAAGAGAUCGCAGAUACACCAGUGAAAAUUGAACUAUCAAGGGACUGAGUAUAACAUGGAAAAAAUAAACAUUUUUGUGUUUAGCAAACUUUUUUGUCUUCCACAGGUGAUCUGACGUAUUUCAUGAUUCUCAAAUCCCUUAACUAGAGAUUUUAAGUACAUUCCAGUUCCUCACUUCCAUGAAACUUAUUUCUAAAUAUAAAUGCUUCUGUUUCUAGCUGAAUGCGUCUUUAACGUAGAAUUUUAAUAAUUUAAGUGCUUUUGAAAAUGGCUGGUUGAAAAAGCAGUAUUGUAUAGCUAAGUUUUCCCACCACAGUAGAUGGGUGAAUAUUUUUAACUCCAGUUUGUGUCAGACCACACCAUAUGUGUGUGAGCUUUCAGUGAACUUGAAAAUGUUUUUUGUAUUAAACUUGGACAUGGGGUGAUCUUUA